UGUAACGAUACGCAUAUUCGCAUUGAACCGUUCGGUACGAGGCUUUCGGGUCGGGACGCGGUAAGCAUUAUGUAUCGAACGAUUCGUUGGACUAAUUAAUAGAAAAUAAAAAGUGUGUGGAAAUAUAAUGUUAUGCGUUCAACAAGGUAGCACAAAACGACGUAACAGGCAACGCCCCUCCCACCCCCGAAAAAAACAACAACACUAACACUACGUUACUCAGUCAGUCAGGCGUACGCGCUGAAGGUUCGUUGCAAAAUGUCGAAUGCGUUUAACAGACCAGAAAUAGAAGAUCCUCCAAUAACCAACAGGUCUGGUGUUUGGGUGCACUUUGGAUUCCCUGUAAGCUAUGAUGGUGAUGGCAAGAGAGUCGUGGAUAAAAAAACAACGGUAUGUCGCAUCUGCUACACGACAAUAGGUUACACCAGCGGGAAUACUUCAAACAUGUCAACUCAUUUACGCCGACAUCACCCCAGUGUGUCAGUAUCUGGAACAAGACGAAAAAAAAACAGAAACAUACACGCCACAAACUAUCCCCGCAGCAUUCAGACAGACAUAUCCAACUGAUUCAAACAGGGCAAAAGACAUCACCGCGGCGAUUGGUACAUUUAUAGCCGCGGAUAUGAGACCUUACUCCGUAGUGGAAAACGCAGGUUUUAAGAACAUGCUUCAUGUAAUUGAGCCCCGUUACAAUAUUCCUUCACGAGCCCAUUUCAGUCAGACCGUAAUUCCUGCUUUGUACCAAAAAACAAAAGCCCAAAUAGAGAACCAAUUGGCCAAAGCAGCAGCGGUUGCGCUGACAACAGACGGCUGGACGUCAAGGGCUACACAAAGCUACCUUACUGUAACGGCACAUUUCAUUACCGAUGAAUGGGAGCUGAAAAGCCACGUUCUUCAGACACGCCCCCUUGAGAGUCACACGAGUGAGGAUUUGGCCAAAGGGAUGACAGAAGCAGUGGAAGUGUGGAAGUUGGAGAGAGAUAAUGUAACUAUUCCUGUAACUACUGACAAUGCCAGGAAUAUAGUUAAUGCAGUUGUUGGAGCUGCUGGACUUGGACCACAAAUAGGGUGCUUUGCCCAUGUCAUUAAUCUAGCAUCUCAGAAAGCAAUGGCAGUGCAGCAGAUCUCUCGCCUCCUAGCAAAGAUCAGAAAGAUUGUGACAUUUUUUCACAGAAGCACAACAGCGGCCCAUGUGUUGAAGACAAAACAGGAGUUGCUGCAGCUUCCUGUUCACAAACUCAUCCAAGAUAUGCCAACUAGAUGGAAUUCAAGCUAUGAUAUGAUUGAAAGAUAUAUUGAACAGCAGGCUGCAGUGUAUUCUGCAAUAACAGACAAAUCUGUGAAGAAAAAUGUUAAAGACAUUAUGACUUUGUCUGAAAACGACAUGAGACUAGCUGAGAAUGUCAUCACAGUUUUGAGACCGUUAAAAACAGUGACAACCCUUAUGUGCACCGAGUCCUCUCCAUCUGCGUCCAUGGUCCUUCCUAUGAAAAUGAUGAUCCUGAUGUCCAUGGUACUGUCUGAUGAUGACAGCCCAGCAGUGAAGGAUGUCAAAACAGCCAUCAAAAAUGACCUGCAGCAGCGAUACACAGCACCUGAUCUUCAAGAAUACCUACACAAGAGCACAGCUUUGGAUCCACGUUUUAAAUCACUGCAACACUUGGAUGCUACUACUCGCCUGAAAGUCUAUGAAGCUUUAACCACAGAGAUUGAGCAAGCUAUAGGCCCCACAGAGCCAGCAACCUCCAUGGAGUCUCAGACAGUGGACUUGGAGCCCUCAACAUCACCUCCAAAAGAAAAGAAAUCAGCCAUGACUGAACUUUUUGGAGGAAUGUUCAUGACCCAUCAUCAUGAGCCAAACCCCAAAUCUGUGGCCAAAAUUGCAGAGGAGGAAAUGAAAUUGUUCACGGCAGUGGACUCUAUUCCCCUGGAUGCAGAUCCACUGAAAUGGUGGAAAGCCCAUGAGCACGAAUACCCUCAUCUUGCCAUGUUGGCACGACGUUACUUGGCUGUGCCUGGAACCUCUGUCCCUAGUGAGAGGGUGUUUUCCACUGCUGGAGACAUUGUCACAUCAAGCAGAUCUGUGCUGUCCACAGAAAAUGUGGACACUCUCAUCUUUCUGAAGAAAAACUUAAAAAUUGAGUAAAAACACACUCCAUAUAAAGAGUUAUAGAGUUCUAUAUAAAAACAAAAUUUUUAUUUUCUUUCUAUUUGUUCAUACAUAUAAUGUUACAUUUUCAUUUUUUUAUAAGGAGCUGUUUUUGUUUAAUACAGUAUGCAGGUAAGAAAACACCAAAGAAAAUGGGUAAAGCUCCAUUAUUGUUCAAUGUAAAAAAUAAAUAAAUCAUACUUUGUUAGUUUUAAUUAAUAAAACAAUUUUAAAAAAUCAAGGAAAUGUAUCUGGCAAUUGUUUCUUUUUGCUAUAUCUGAAACGCACCGAACCGCACCGCGACACCAGUGUAUUGUGUCGAACCGUACCGUGAAUUUUGUGAACCGUUACACCC